GUCUUUUCAGUUUCUCCCCAACCCCGAAAAACCUGAAUAAAAACUCUCAUCUCCCUCCCAUUUAUAUCAAUCGCGCAUUUCGCUCUCCAAACCCUAACCCUAAAGACAAAAAUCCUAAUCGGAUCAUAAUCUCUUAUAAUCUCCAUGAAUAACCAAGACAAUAACCUCUACGAAACGGCCUCGCAGCCAGACACAGCAACAGACGCCUACACCUUCCUUGAAUUCAACACACAAGGCGAAUCCGAUUUUGACUACCCGGAAUUCCGCUCUCCGGUGGCCUGGCCCACUCCUUCUGAUUCUCUUGGUGCCACCUCCUCCGCCGUAGACCCUACCUCAUCCGACCACCGUACCGCCGCUUCCACCCCCGAUCUCCACUCUGAUUCUCCUGCUGCGUCUCCUGUCGCGUCAAAAUCUGCAGUGCGUGGCGGUGGAGCGAAUAGCGGGACCCAGGGGGUGGUGGAGGGGUUAGUGGCGAGCAUAGGAGGGUUGAAUUUUGAAGAGACAGGAGAUGAUGACGGGUAUGAGUUUGGGAAAGGGGAUUUUACAGAGCACGCUUGCAGGUACUGCGGGGUUUCGAAUCCUGCGUGUGUUGUGAGGUGUAAUGUGCCGUCAUGUAGGAAGUGGUUCUGUAAUUCAAGAGGGAAUACAUCUGGUUCGCAUAUUGUUAAUCAUCUGGUUCGAGCAAAGCAUAAAGAAGUCUGUCUCCAUAAAGACAGCCCUCUUGGAGAAACAAUACUUGAGUGCUACAACUGUGGUUGCCGAAAUGUGUUUCUUCUUGGAUUUAUAUCGGCCAAGACAGAGAGUGUUGUUGUCCUCCUCUGCAGGGAGCCGUGCUUGAAUGUUAAUGCACUGAAGGACAUGAACUGGGACCUGAGCCAGUGGUGCCCCCUUAUUGAUGAUAGGUGUUUUCUACAAUGGCUUGUGAAGAUCCCAUCCGAACAGGAGCAGUUGAGGGCUCGCCAAAUUAGUGCUCAACAAAUAAAUAAAGUAGAAGAACUUUGGAAAACUAAUCCUGAUGCCUCCCUUGAAGAUCUUGAGAAGCCUGGUGUUGAUGAUGAGCCACAGCCUGUGGCAUUGAAGUAUGAAGAUGCAUAUCAGUACCAAAAUGUAUUUGCUCCACUUAUUAAGCUUGAAGCUGACUAUGAUAAAAUGAUGAAAGAGUCUCAAAGCAAGGAUAAUGUCACUAUUCGAUGGGAUAUUGGCCUUAACAAGAAGCGUGUUGCAUAUUUUGUAUUUCCAAAGGAGGACAAUGAGUUGCGUCUUGUACCUGGUGAUGAGUUACGACUGCGCUAUUCUGGAGAUGCUGCUCAUCCAGCAUGGCAAUCAGUUGGGCAUGUGAUCAAGCUAACUGCACAAGAGGAGGUUGCACUUGAGCUUCGUGCUAGUCAGGGAGUUCCUGUUGAUGUGAACCAUGGUUUUAGUGUUGAUUUUGUUUGGAAGAGCACGAGCUUUGAUCGGAUGCAGGGAGCAAUGAAGACUUUUGCAGUGGAUGAAACCAGUGUCAGUGGGUAUAUAUAUCACCACUUGUUGGGCCAUGAGGUUGAGAAUCAAACAGUUCGUAAUGCAUUGCCUCGCCGUUUUGGGGCACCUGGUCUUCCAGAGCUGAAUGCAUCCCAAGUUCUUGCUGUGAAGAAUGUCCUCCAAAAGCCCAUUAGUUUGAUUCAAGGUCCACCUGGCACAGGAAAAACAGUCACUUCUGCAGCCAUUGUAUAUCACAUGGCCAAACAGGGCCAAGGGCAGGUUUUGGUGUGUGCCCCAAGUAAUGUGGCUGUAGAUCAGCUAGCUGAGAAGAUAAGUGCCACUGGCUUAAAGGUGGUUAGGCUAUGUGCAAAAUCAAGGGAAGCUGUUAGUUCUCCUGUUGAGCAUCUCACCCUUCACUAUCAGGUCAGGCAUCUGGACACUUCAGAGAAAAGUGAACUUCACAAGUUGCAACAAUUGAAAGAUGAACAAGGGGAACUGUCCAGCAGUGAUGAGAAAAAAUACAAAGCACUGAAACGAGCGACUGAAAGGGAAAUUUCUCAAAGCGCUGAUGUCAUCUGUUGCACUUGUGGUGGUGCUGGAGAUCCUCGGUUGGCAAAUUUUAGGUUUCGCCAGGUACUUAUUGAUGAGUCAACUCAAGCGACAGAACCAGAGUGUCUUAUUCCUUUGGUACUUGGGGCGAAGCAGGUUGUAUUUGUUGGUGACCAUUGCCAGCUUGGUCCUGUCAUUAUGUGCAAGAAAGCUGCUCGUGCUGGGUUAGCCCAGUCUCUCUUUGAACGCCUUGUUUUACUUGGUGUGAAACCAAUUAGAUUGCAGGUUCAAUAUCGCAUGCACCCGUGUCUUUCUGAAUUUCCAUCUAACAACUUUUAUGAAGGCACUCUACAAAAUGGAGUGACUGUCAAUGAGAGACAAUCGUCAGGCAUUGAUUUUCCUUGGCCUGUGCCUAAUCGUCCUAUGUUCUUCUAUGUCCAGAUGGGACAAGAAGAGAUAAGUGCCAGCGGGACAUCCUAUCUAAAUCGUACGGAGGCUGCAAAUGUUGAAAAAAUUGUAACUACGUUUUUGAGGAGCGGUGUAGUCCCGAGCCAGAUUGGAGUGAUAACACCUUAUGAGGGGCAGAGAGCAUAUAUUGUGAACUAUAUGUCAAGAAAUGGUGCCCUCAGACAGCAACUAUACAAGGAAAUUGAGGUUGCAAGCGUUGAUUCAUUUCAAGGAAGAGAAAAAGAUUACAUUAUUUUGUCCUGUGUUAGGAGCAAUGAACAUCAGGGCAUUGGAUUUCUUAAUGAUCCUCGGAGGCUGAAUGUUGCUCUAACUCGUGCUCGAUAUGGUAUUGUCAUCCUGGGAAACCCUAAAGUUCUAAGCAAGCAGCCUUUGUGGAAUAGCUUACUAACUCACUACAAGGAACACGAGUGUUUGGUUGAAGGACCUUUGAAUAACUUAAAGCAGAGUAUGGUUCAAUUUCAAAAGCCCAAAAAGAUUUAUAACGAUAGGAGACUGUUUUUUGGUGGUGGACCUGGAAUUGUCCCAAAUGAUAGUUUUGGGUCUGUUGCCUCAGCUAGCUCAAAUGCUGAUAGAAGAAACUCCCGUGCCAGGGGUUCUUAUUUGUCACCAGGCCCACCCAAUGGUGCCCAUAAGCCUGGUGUUGCUGGGUUUCCAAUGCCUCGGGUCCCCAUUCCACCAUUUCAUGAUGGUCCACCUUCUCAACCAUAUGCUAUUCCUACUCGUGGAGCUGUGCAUGGGCCCAUCGGAGCUGUUCCUCAAGUCCCUCCACCUGGAAGUCGAGGUUUUAGUGCUGGGCGUGGCAAUGCUGGUGCACCUAUUGGAAGUCAUCUCUCUCACCAGCAAGGCAUUGGGAAUAUUGGAUCAUUCAACUUUCCUGCCCUAGAGAAUCCAAAUAGCCAGCCAUCUGUGGGUGGUCCCCUAUCUCAGCCUGGAUAUGUUAAUAAUAUUCCAGUUCAAGGGUCGAGCCAAACCUUUCGUGAUGGAUUUUCCAUGGGUGGUAUGUCCCAGGAGUUCUUGGGCGAUGACUUCAAAAGCCAGGGAUCACAUGUUCCUUACAAUGUUGCUGAUUUCUCAACUCAGGCAUCUCAAGGUGGAUAUGCUGUCGAUUAUGUUACACAAGGGGCACAAGGUGGGUUUCCAGGGAACUUCUUGAAUCAGAAUUCUCAACCUGGAUACUCUCGUUUUGGUUCUGGAAAUGAUUUAAUGUCUCAGGAUUACAUGGCGCAUGGAUCACAAGGUCUAUUCACUCAGGUUGGCUUUAAUGAUCCCUCGCAAGAUGAUGCAUCACAAAGCCAGUUUGGCAUAGCCAACCCUAACCAGCUUCAAUCACAGGGCUUGAUGAAUUCCCUUUACUCUCAGCCCUUUGGCCACUACAACACUCAGCAGCUGAAUUUGCAGGCUCCACAACAGCAGCCUCAGCAGGGUCAGGGUAUCCAAAACCAGAAAGUCCAUUACAAUGGUUGAAAAGUGAAUGGGGAGGUUUUUUGGCUGUGAUGGGUUAUGAUCUUCGCAUUCAGCAACCUGGUUUGUGCUGUCAUGUGUGCCUAAAUAUAUCCCCGCCAAAAGGGCAGGAGAGUUUGCCGUGCUUGUGAGGUCAGUUUGGUAUGCUUCAUAAGCCAGAGAAUUCAGUGGGUGAUAAGAAUAAAAGAGAGUGGGCAAUAGCUCUGCAAUGGGGUGUAUGAGCAAAUGUGGCCGCACAUCCAAGGCUGAGAAAGAAAGGGUAAAACCCAGGUGUCCGCUUAUAAAGUAGUGUGUUUUGAGAAGGUAAAGUUCCGAAGGAGCAUUACAUGGCAUGGUUUGUUGGAAGGGUGUGGACGUGAAGACGAGAGGGGCGCAUAAUAUAAUACUUGAUCUAAAGGGGAGAGACCUCUAUUAAUAAUUAUACAAAAGCAGUUGCCCCUGAAAUUUUCUGUACAGCGACGGGAAAGUCACCUAGCCCUUUCCAAGCGCGCAGGAUAACACAUUCAGCCCUUCCUGACAUGUAAUUAUACUCUGUUGUAAGUAGUUAGACGCUGACGAGAUCUCCUAUGAACCUUGUACCGUGCAGCCAGGGGGAUCUUGCUCUUUGCUGGGAUGUUGUUUCAAAUGUGGAAUUGGCUUUUACGUUAGACUAGCCUUGUUUUGAAGGCUUUGUCCCGUAGUUUUAUUGGGACUGCGUGGUCACAGGCUACUUUUGGGAGGCUGAUUAAUAGUGGCGAUGGUUUCAACUUGUAAUCUUACAUUUCCCGUCCUUGCUAUUACUGAUGGAAUCGAAAUUGAAAUGAUAUCUGGAUUGAUCAGAA